AUGAGCUGCCAUCCAGAACCUUAUAUCCUAGAAUUAUAUCCAGGCAAUGAGGACAAUGGAUGUGAUUCUACAGACUCAAAGAAUGUGGGUUCAAAUGUUCAAUCAUCAACAAUAAAUGAAGAAGAUGAAGAUGAAAAUCAAGAUCAAACCCAAUACCAACAAGAUGAAACCUAUAAAGAUCACAAGAAAAUAUAUUCAAUUCAUAUCUAUAAUUUACCACCUUGGAUCAAAUGGAGAGAUUUAAAAUCUUUAUUGAUUAGUUAUGUUCAAGAUACUGAAAUUUUACAUAUUCAAAUAUGGCAAACUGUUGUUACAAAUGCUUUAGUCUCAUUAACUUCACAAGAUGCUUCAAUUGAUAUCUAUAACAAUUUAAACAAUUUUGAAUGGAAUGGAUUCAUAUUAACUGUGGGGAUUGAAGAUAUUGAUGAAAUCACUGCUAAAAUUAAUUCGAAUAUUCAACAAUUACCUUCAAAUCAAUAUCAUGGUUAUCCUCCUUAUCCUCCUCAAUAUUUAGCACCACCUCAACAUCAACAAUCUGUGUAUCCUCAAAAUAUCCCACCUCAACCUCCACAAAGUUCAAAUUCAACUUUUUCACCACCUCCAUAUUAUAAUUUCAUACCAAUUUAUCCAGGAAAUCAAGGUCCUCCAUUACCAGCUCCACCUCCAGGUACUACAAUCCCAUCACAACCACCAACAGGAAUCCCACCAACAGGAAUCCCACCAACUGCAAAUUCAUUACCACCACCAACAAGUGCACCUCAUAUUCCACAUGUUCCUCAACAAAUCCCACAAAUCCCACCACCACCAGGUCCUUUCCAACAUCCAUAUUUAUCACCACCUCAACAACAUCAAUUACCUUUCAAUUUACAAUUCCCACCUCAUACACCAAUUUCAAGACCUUCUUCUAAAACACGUCAUCCUUCAUUAUCAAUAUCAUCACCAUAUUAUACAAAUUCUCAGCUAUAUCCUAAUCAACAAAAUUUUUAUGGUUCAGUGGGGCAUCAUACAAGAUCUCAAUCUGCUUCAUUUAGUUCAUAUAGUUAUAAUACAUCAUCUCAAUCACCAAAAAUCCCAUCAAGACAAAUCAAUUUAAAACAAUUGAAUUAUCAUGAUAUCACAGAUAUUAAUGAUUUACCAGCUGAUAAAACAAGAUUAUUCAUAGGUAAUAUCCCAUUUGAAUCCGAUUGGAGAGAUUUAAAAGAUUUCCUUAGAAGAUUUGGUGAUUCAAUCAUACGUGUUGAAAUUCCAAGAAAUGAUUCAGGUUCAAAAGGUUUUGGUAUUGCUACUUUUGAAAAUGAAUUUGAUGCUUUAAGAGUUAUUGAAAUGUGUAAUGGUUCAAUGUUUCAAGGUAGACCAUUAACUGUUAGGUAUGAUAAAUUUCCAAGGGUUAAGAAUCCUUUAAGUUCUUCUUCAACUUCAAGAUUAGCUUCACCAGGAAAGACUGCGAUUGAUAUUAAUGAACAAUCUGGUGGUGGUAUUACCGGUGGAUUGGAUAAAGAAAAUAUCAUACCUGAAGAACAUAGUGCAGAGAUUAGUUUUGAUGAUGGAGAAUUUGCUACUGAAGCAAGAAAUCUUGUUGAAUCAUUAAAUUUGAAUUCAUUAAAGUAA